AGGGGUGGGAAUCUGAGGAGGAGACUACCUUUUUAUUAUUAUUUUUAAUUUUUUUUUUUUUACGUAUACGUAUUAUUUUCACCGUACAAGGAGGACGCUCGGAAUUCACCGGCCUGCCGGCUCCCGAGAGGGACCGGGGGAUUGUGCGGUCGCUUAUCUUCACUCUCAAUUUUUUUUUUUUAAUUGCGUUCUUUUUUUUUUUUUUGUUUGUUUGUUUUGAUUUGGGUUUUCCCCCCCCCCCUCUUUAUUUUUAUCCUUCCCCCCCCCCCCCCGCUGAGCGGCGGCGGCAGCAGCAAUAUGGCUGGUGAUGGGUUUUUCGGGGGGCGCUGGCGGCGGGAGGAGCUCUCGGCAGCCCCUGCGCGCCCGGCUCGCCGUUAGCUAUGGCAAAUGGCAGCGGCGGCGGCGGCGGCUCCUACCCGGGCGGCAGCGGCGGCGGCGGCGGCAUUAGAAUGAGUAACAAUAUCAACGCCAACAAUCUCAACACAGACUCGUCCUCCUCCCCCGUCAAUGUGCCCAAGAUGGAUGCGCUCAUCAUCCCGGUGACCAUGGAGGUGCCCUGCGAUAGCCGCGGACAGCGUAUGUGGUGGGCUUUCCUCGCCUCAUCCAUGGUCACUUUCUUUGGGGGACUGUUUAUCAUCCUGCUGUGGAGGACCCUCAAGUACCUGUGGACUGUCUGCUGCCACUGCGGGGUCAAAAACAAGGAGGCCCAGAAGAUCAAUGGUGGUGGAGAUACACAGGCAGAUGGGGCCUGCAAACCUACGGAUGAAAAAGAGGAGAAUGUGGCAGCAGAAGUGGGAUGGAUGACCUCCGUGAAGGAUUGGGCAGGAGUCAUGAUAUCUGCCCAGACAUUAACUGGCAGAGUACUUGUUGUCUUAGUCUUCGCUCUUAGUAUUGGUGCUCUUGUAAUAUACUUCAUAGAUUCGUCAAACCCAAUAGAAUCCUGCCAGAAUUUCUACAAAGAUUUCACAUUACAGAUCGACAUGGCUUUCAAUGUGUUCUUCCUACUCUACUUUGGCUUGCGUUUCAUAGCAGCCAAUGACAAGCUAUGGUUUUGGCUAGAAGUUAACUCAGUAGUAGAUUUCUUCACGGUCCCUCCAGUGUUUGUGUCAGUAUAUUUAAACAGAAGUUGGCUUGGUUUAAGAUUUUUAAGAGCCCUUAGACUGAUACAGUUUUCAGAAAUUUUGCAGUUUCUGAAUAUCCUUAAAACAAGUAAUUCCAUCAAGCUGGUGAAUCUGUGCUCUAUAUUUAUCAGCACGUGGCUGACAGCAGCUGGGUUCAUACAUUUGGUGGAGAACUCAGGGGAUCCAUGGGAAAAUUUCCAAAAUAAUCAACCGCUAACAUAUUGGGAAUGUGUUUAUUUACUGAUGGUUACAAUGUCCACUGUUGGCUAUGGAGAUGUUUAUGCAAAAACAACUCUUGGUCGCCUUUUCAUGGUCUUCUUCAUCCUUGGGGGAUUGGCAAUGUUUGCUCGCUACGUGCCAGAAAUUGCUGCUCUCAUCCUUAAUCGGAAGAAAUACGGCGGGACUUUUAACUCAACCCGAGGCAGAAAGCACAUAGUUGUCUGUGGUCACAUAACACUUGAAAGUGUGUCCAACUUCCUGAAGGACUUCCUGCACAAGGAUAGGGAUGAUGUCAACGUAGAAAUCGUCUUUCUGCAUAAUAUUUCCCCUAACCUUGAGCUGGAAGCUCUUUUUAAACGACACUUCACUCAGGUGGAAUUUUAUCAGGGUUCAGUCCUUAAUCCCCAUGACCUGGCGAGAGUGAAGAUAGAGUCAGCAGAUGCGUGCCUAAUCCUUGCCAAUAAAUACUGCGCUGACCCAGAUGCUGAAGAUGCCUCCAAUAUUAUGAGAGUUAUUUCAAUAAAGAAUUACCAUCCGAAGAUAAGAAUUAUCACUCAGAUGUUGCAGUAUCACAAUAAGGCCCAUCUGCUAAAUAUCCCAAGCUGGAACUGGAAAGAAGGAGAUGAUGCAAUCUGUCUUGCUGAGCUGAAGCUGGGUUUCAUAGCCCAGAGCUGCCUGGCACCGGGCCUUUCAACCAUGUUAGCCAACCUCUUCUCUAUGAGGUCAUUCAUAAAGAUUGAGGAGGAUACGUGGCAGAAAUACUACCUGGAAGGAGUUGCAAAUGAAAUGUAUACAGAAUAUCUGUCUAGUGCCUUUGUGGGUUUGUCCUUCCCUGCAGUUUGUGAACUGGUGUUUGCGAAACUAAAGCUCUUAAUGAUAGCCAUAGAAUACAAGUCGGAAAAACGAGAAAGCAGUAUAUUAAUCAAUCCUGGAAACCAUGUCAAGAUUCAAGAAGGUACUUUAGGAUUCUUCAUUGCAAGUGAUGCCAAAGAAGUAAAAAGGGCAUUUUUUUACUGCAAGGCCUGUCAUGAUGACAUCACAGAUCCCAAAAGGAUAAAAAAAUGUGGCUGCAAACGGCUAGCCACAAGGAGAGCAAAGCUCAUGGAAAGCAUGCCUGAUGUGGAAGGAAUGUAUGCGUUGCCUAACAUAUUGGAAAAAAAUUGUUCAAGAACAGUUUAUCCAUUUGAGAAUGUGACCUUUGAACUGCUGCCAAAGCCAAUGAAGCUGCUGAUUGAAGAUGAGCAGCCCUCGACAUUAUCACCCAAAAAAAAGCAGCGAAACGGAGGCAUGCGAAAUUCACCCAACUCCUCACCCAAACUGAUGAGGCACGACCCCUUGCUAAUUCCUGGCAACGAGCAGAUUGACAAUAUGGAUGCCAAUGUGAAAAAAUAUGACUCUACAGGGAUGUUUCAUUGGUGUCCAGCCAAGGACAUUGAAAAAGUCAUUUUGACUCGAAGUGAAGCAGCGAUGACAGUUUUAAGUGGGCAUGUAGUCGUUUGCAUAUUUGGGGAUGUUAAAUCUGCUUUGAUUGGAUUAAGAAAUUUAGUGAUGCCAUUACGAGCCAGCAACUUUCACUACCAUGAACUCAAGCACAUUGUGUUUGUGGGUUCACUUGAAUACCUGAGAAGGGAAUGGGAGACACUGCAUAACUUCCCCAAGGUUUCAAUCUUGCCUGGUACGCCAUUAAGUCGGGCUGAUUUAAGGGCUGUCAACAUCAACCUCUGCGACAUGUGCGUUAUCCUGUCAGCCAAUCAGAAUAAUAUUGAUGAUGCUUCGCUGCAGGACAAGGAAUGCAUCUUGGCGUCACUCAACAUCAAAUCUAUGCAGUUUGAUGACAGCAUUGGGGUCUUGCAGGCUAAUUCCCAAGAUACCUUCUGCUUCAGCCAGAGAAAGAUAAAACCCAGCCGAGGAGGCUUUACACCACCCGGGAUGGAUAGGUCCUCUCCAGACAACAGUCCAGUCCAUGGCCUGUUACGUCAACCCUCCAUUACAACAGGAGCCAACAUCCCCAUUAUAACAGAGCUAGUAAAUGAUUCAAAUGUUCAGUUCUUGGACCAAGACGAUGAUGAUGAUCCAGACACAGAACUGUAUCUCACGCAGCCCUUUGCCUGUGGAACCGCGUUUGCUGUCAGUGUGCUGGACUCUCUCAUGAGCGCAACAUACUUCAAUGACAAUAUCCUCACACUGAUACGGACAUUGGUAACAGGAGGAGCCACACCAGAGCUGGAAGCACUGAUUGCCGAGGAAAAUGCGUUGAGAGGAGGUUACAGCACGCCCCAGACACUUGCGAACAGGGACAGGUGUCGAGUUGCUCAGUUGGCUUUGUAUGAUGGGCCCUUCGCAGACCUAGGGGAUGGAGGUUGUUAUGGAGAUCUAUUUUGUAAAGCACUGAAAACAUACAAUAUGCUUUGCUUUGGAAUUUAUCGAUUGAGGGAUGCACAUCUAAGUACUCCCAGCCAAUGCACUAAACGUUAUGUUAUCACAAACCCACCAUAUGAAUUUGAGCUUGUGCCGACAGACUUGAUCUUCUGUUUGAUGCAAUUUGACCACAACGCUGGCCAGUCCCGGGCCAGUCUUUCUCAUUCCUCCCAUUCCUCCUAUUCUUCCAGCAAGAAGAGCUCAUCAGUUCACUCCAUCCCAUCAACAGCAAACCGACCGAACCGCACCAAGACCAGGGAUUCCCGGGAAAAACAGAAUGCAACAAGGAUGAAUAGAAUGGGCCAAGCAGAAAAGAAAUGGUUUACAGAUGAGCCGGAUAAUGCCUAUCCCAGAAACAUUCAAAUCAAGCCCAUGAGCACUCACAUGGCCAAUCAGAUCAAUCAAUAUAAAUCGACAAGCAGCUUGAUACCACCAAUCAGAGAAGUUGAAGAUGAAUGUUGACUCCUUCGAGGCCAGAACUAUUUUUUUAAAGCCUGACAAACUUCAUGAAUGGUGAUGUGACAUUUAUUCCUCUUACAUGCUGAACCACUGAUGGAGAAGUUAAGAGGGGCAAGCUUAAUGGGAAAAAUAAAGUAGACAGAUCUUUGUUUGUCUGCCUUUAAUAUUGCUUCCACGUAUUUUGGAAACUGUUUCAUUUAUAAAUGAACAUAAUCAAAACUAGUCAUGUAUAGCCUCUAGCAUUUUAAAUUAUUUUUAUUUAUUAGAAAAAAAAUAUAUUUUUCUUUUUUUUCAUUGUCAAGUAUUUUCCCUUAAAAAAAAAACCUGCUAAUGUGGCCAGACUCCUAAGAAUUUGAAAAAAAAAACAAAACAAAACAAACCUCAGUCUUUGGCUUAAAGGAGAAUGAUGGUCACAGUUAUAAGGACAUGUAAUUAAGGGAGACAAAUGAUAUAUUAUAAAAAAAGAAAAAAAAAAGGUCCAACUUGUAUUUUAGUAAAUCAAAAAAAAAGAAGAAAAAAAAAAAAGAACCGUUCACCAAAAUGUUUCUUUACUGGAGGAUGUGUAUUUUGUUCAGCAUUGACACCAGCUCUUAAUAAACUGAACUUAUUUAUUUUCAAAGUUGAAAGUCAUAUUUUUGUACCUGUAACAUUCUUCUGACAUAUUAUUUGUUUUAUUACCAUAUACAGAUCAUCUUAAUUGCCAGUUAUGUUAAGGUCCAAUACCCCCCACAGACACUGUGUCCUGCCCCCCGACUGUGCCCAUUUGCACACACAUACACACACACACACACAGAGCAGCCCAGCAUCCUCGAUGAUAACUUUCUGUGAUGCUAACAGAGUGAUGGCCACGACCCUAAACCAAGGACCGUGUAGGGCAGGUGCUCACAGGCAGCACUUGCUCUAAAUGGCAAAUUUGGCAAUUCCACUCCGUUUCCCAUUAGCCAUCAGCAGCUGCUAAUUGCAGGAAGGCAAGUUUGGCAAGGCUUCUUCUUUUGCCAGGUGCUUUGAGCCAGAGUGCAUAAAUAGUGCAUGAAAUCAGAAGUUAGAAACCUUCUCACCUACUGUGUUUUUUUGGGUCCUUACUGCCAAAGUGCUGAUGGACAUGCAUCAGUCUCAUUCAGUUGGUUCAGAUGCUUCCUGCUGUGUCUAGAGGUUUAGCUCCAGACCCUGGCACUUGGGUGCUCGCUCGUACCUUGGGAAAAGUCACACUGCCUCUCCUUUUGGAGAGCUCAGCUCAGGCUGAAAACUGAUUUAGCCUCAGCUUUAUAAUCUCACAACAUCCUGGUCUCAAUUAAUUCCUGCACCAAACAACUUUAUGUUUUAGCAGUUGUUUGUUUGUUUGUUUGUUUUCUUCAAUUUAGUUUCAAUUUGCUGGGACACCACACAUAAAAGUACAGUACUAACCAAAUUGAACUAAAAGUAAUGAAUGUAUUUAUUAUGAUAAUUUACAAAAGGCCUUGGACAGGUGCCUUUUGUGUCAGCAGAUUCACAAAGUUGCCAACAAGCUUUAUAGCCAUCUGACAAAAAUGUGAUGUUUUCUAUCUGUGCUGCAGUAGCUAUCCACCCAAGCAUUUGAUGUUCUAAAUGAUUUAGUAACUCUCUCUAUCUCAAAUUAGCAACAUCAGACACAAUUGCGUGAACAGAAAGAAAGAAAAAAUAAAGGCUAUGCUAAUAAAGAUUAAAACAAAAAAUAUAGGACCCAGUCAUCGAAAAGGCAGAUUUUCAUUGUGCAACUUUAGGCUUUGUAAUUUUGCAGAAUUGUUGAACACCACAAUAAAAUAUACAGUGGUACUUUUAUCAUUAGAGAAAUAUCAGUGAAUCAAACAAAUACAAAGCAGAUGAAUUUAUUGUGAAAACAAUGAUUUCCACUAUAUAAUCCAACAUUUAAGCUAAACUAUCUCAGCUUUAAUGUUUGUCCACUGGCUGCAGUACAAAUAUAACCAUACUAACACCUACUAGGCUUUAUUCUGGAGUGACUUCUUGGACUGUGAAUACUUUGUUGUUACAUUUUGUAGAAUAGCUAGUUAAAGACAAUAACAAGAAUUGUUACUACAGUAUCUGUAAAAUUGGAUUGUUUAAAUUAUCUCACUCUCCUACAAAGUAACAAAACAAUUUAAGCAGGUUUUCAUUAUUAUUUAGACCGUGUUUAACCCAUUUCACAGUCCUCAAACCAGAAGAUGAUUCCGGUGAGCUCUUCUGGUCUAUGCUGCUUCAGCUAGUGACACGUUACACAGUUUCUGCAUUUGGGUCACGUUAAGCCUUUACUUUGAAGUCAGUCUCCUUUUUCAUUUAUGAACUUCAUUCAUGUUACAACCAGAGUGAAAAAUGCUGGUCCUGAGUACAGGAGAAGUUUUUAAAUUUGUGUUCAACUUCACCAGGUACAUGUGAUUUUUUUUAAUUAUUUUUAUUUUAAAAAAUUUUCUUAGAAGAGUGGCGUUUACUGUAGGGGCAUAGACCAUCAUAUCAUAUACAGUGCCACUCCUGGGUGUCCUUCCUUCAGAAGUGAGCAUUCACUGGAUAAAACAUACUAAUGAAGCAAAUGCAACACCUCUACAUAGCUAAGGUUUGUGUGUGUGUCUGUCCAGUCUGUCACGUCCAAAAAUAUCACGCUGCCAACUGUAUGUAAAUAAAGGACAAGAUCUGAAUUAUACUUACGCUUUCUCCCAGCCCAGAUAGUUCCCUGUGUAAUGACAGCUAGAACAACACCUACAGAGAGCCAGCGAGACACAGAGAAACAGGUAUAGGUAUGGUAUUGCAUUCCCCAUUUAUAGAAAAGCUAAGAGCAAUCAAUAGUAUUUUCUUACUCUUUUUGAUGAUCAAAGCCAGAGGACUGACUUCUGGCAGUUAGAGGGAGGCUCAUGUAGAAAACCUGUUGGAGACAUUCCCAAUUAAAGACUAUAAUGAGGCCAGCACCAAUAUGAAUUUAUAGCAAGGCAAGUGGCUGGGAAAGUGGCUUAAGUGACAGCUGACACACCACAUGAUGACUAAUGUAGAAAUAACUUUUCAAUCUUUAUUAAUAAUUCUUUCUUUUCCCUAAAAGUCAACAAAUGGGAAUUUUUUAAAAAAAGGGAUUUCAGUUUUUUCAUUAGUUGCAUGUACAAUUAUUACAGGCUAAAGAAUUAUUUUUUUUUAUUAUUGGCAACUGAUGUAUUGGAUAGAGAAUGUGUGUGUGUGUAUGUUGUCAUAUAUGCAUGUCCACACAUACAUGUAUGGGUGGAUAUGUAAAUGCAUAUGUAUGGGGGUGUAUAUGUAUUUGGUACAGCAUCAUUGCAAGGUGGUGGUCUUUAUUUUUUGGCUGGGUGGGGUGAAGAAUAAAACAAAGGAAAAGAAAAAUCUGUGACUUACAGGCUGGCACAUGGAGGAAUUUUGUAUCUGCUGUUUCCUCCUGGUUUGACCAAAAAGCAGCUGUUCCUGUUGGUUAUAGCAGCGCUGACAGGGCUCCGCAGAACCCUCCCUGCUGCAGCAGGUGCGUGCACCUUCCCCCCCAGCACCCACACACAUGUACUCCCCCAUUGCCAGAAAGCCCCUUGUCUCUGUCUCGUGGCUAUUAUUGUAAUUUGUCCCCUGAAGACCAUGAGCACUAAGGUGAAAGAAUAAAACUGCUGUCUGAUGGGGUGUCAUUUGGGUGGCAAGUGCCAAGCACAGUAAAAGUUAAAGCAUAAAGACAAAAAGCUAUUUGGAGUUUAAAUGCAGUUUUUAAGGCCUCAAUGUAACUUACUGUUGUUUGUACAUUGACAAGUAUACAAUACUAUUUAUUAAUAAGAAAAAUAGAAAGAAGAUGCAAACUUCCUUAUAUUUUCAUAAAAACUUUCUAAAACUGUAACAGCUCUUCUUUCAAAUCAGCAUUGAUGGCCAAACUGUAAGAAAUACAUGUGGUGGAAGGUGAAAACCCCUUGAUUUGGGAAAUGAUGCAGUGCUACAGGUUCACGGACAUCAUUGAUAUUCCACCUGUAACACAAAGGGACCCUGCAAGCCUUACCAGCCCCAAAUCCAGGAUCGUGGGGACAGAGCAAGCAAGGGGUGAGAGGGACACAACACAUCCAGGUCCUGAAACACACGUAACCAUGUGGCUAUUUCCAGUUCAUCUUUGGUGGGCAAACCAGUGCUGCUUAUACAAGGUGAAGCCCAUGAGCUUCAGGAUAAUGAGGAUCCUGUGUAGCCUUAUUAAGCCACACAGAUGUCUUGAAAAAGUUAUUGUGUCUUCAGCAGCUUACAGGCAAGUAUAGUAGAGGCGCUGAUGGAAAGCCAGGUUUAGCUAUACUAAAGAUUUUUUUCUCCCCUAUUUUUUUAAUUUUAAAGUAAAAAGCCACCCAAUGACUCAGGCAGCAGGGAUGUGAAAAGAUGUAAUUGGCCUCAGCCAAAAGCACAAGAGGGGAAAAGCAGUUUGCAUGUAAUGUACAAGAGACAUAGAAAAGUAUUAUCUGUAGCUUUCUAUUACAUGUUGUUGGGUGGUGGUGAGUGAGGUGGUUAUUGUUGGGGCUUUUUUCAGCCAGUGUAAAAAUCUACAUUUCUUAACUCUUCACAGAGUAAGAGAAGAAGGAAAAAGUGUAAUAACAUGUUCUCAUUCAGAGAGGACUGGUUUUGUUGCUUAUUUUUUCUAUGUGUGUGUGCAAACUACAUUUAACAACUACUGCAAUAAUUGGAUGCAUAAAAUAAUGUAUGACACACACAAAAAAGGCAAUAAUUUACAAAUGGAUAAUUAUGCAUGUUUUCACUGCUUGGUCACUCACCAGCGAAUCCAUAAACAUGUAGGCAACUGCCCUGUUCUAGCUGAAUCACGUGGGCUCAAAGUUAAACACAGAGCAGGUGCUUAAAUGGUUUGAUCGAGAAGUAGAUUUGUAAGGGCUUCUGGAUCCCUUUAUAUUGGAAAUGAACACAUAUUGAGGUCAGGGGGUGUGUGAGCAUGUGUGGUAUUUUGUUUUUACAGCUGUUAUCUUUGAGAAUUUCUUUAGCACCAAAAGCACUGUGUGUCUCACCUUUCAUUUCUAGUUUUAAAUGUGCUUAAACAAAAUAAUCCAGUGUGUGAAAGGCGAUGAACAGGGCAAAGUGAAAACAGAAAUCCUUUCCCCGUGUUACAGUGGAUUGGCCUGGGAACAUUUGUCAAAGUCAAUGGCAGAUACAUAGAAAAAAUCAGGGGAAAGGACAGUUCUUUAUAGUCCUUUUCCUCUCCCCGUCAUCUGAACCACCAAUAUCCCCAACAUAUGAACAAGCACUGUUUUUCUUUUUUCUGUUAAUUCUUAAUUCUAAGGGUGUUUGAACAAUAUCAGGCUUAGGGAAUAUAGAUUAUUUAAAGUUCAUUAUAUAUGCACACAAAUUUCCUAAUAUUCAGUUAGCAGGCAUACUAUUUGCAGUACUUUUAUACCGAGCGAUACUCCUAGGUGGAGGCACUGCCACCAUCUGAAAUAAUGCAAGGAAGGGAGUAGCUGUUUGUCUGUGGCCACUGCCUAGUGUGGUACGCAGGCGUAUAGUAUUGACAAUUCUGCCCUCAGCAUUUAUCAGAGCUAUAUUUAUAUAAGUAAUGCAUCCAUUCUGCACAGAUAUUUUCUGCUAUAGAACAUGCAGCCACAUUGAAACUGUAGAGUCUAUAAGGUGCAGUAGUCUAUAUAACCAAGUAAAUUCCACUGAAGUUAAUAGCUAGGACUGCUGGUCUAAUGUACCUGUUUUAUAUAAUGGUGUACUACUGUUAACUGCCAAAAUUAGAAGGAGUAGGGGAAAGGAAGAAAAUAUAAAAUAUUUUUUAUCACUUUGGGUUUAAUUUAUAACAAUAUCUAACUUGAGAAGCUAAACACAGUAAUGCUGCAUCUAAUUAAAACCUUAGUGAGGUUGCAAGAAAGCUUCUUACUGCUUCAGUGAAUGCAUUUUAGAUCUUUAUAACUUUAAAAAAAGACCAAAAAAAAAAAACAACAAAAAACCCCAAACCCCAAAACACAACACAGCAUACAAGCAGUUGAAUACAUGUAAUAGAAAAUGUAGAUUUUUCAGAAACCAAAAAUUUGGCAUAUGAGCACUUUGUUGACUGGACAAUAACUAAUAGGAACCACGUGGAAACGUCAGCAGAAGUUAUCUCAAGUUUACCUUAAGUAGCGGUUAAAAAAUUCUUCUUCGGCCAUGGCGCAACUUGGGACACACACGGUUAGCCAAUGCAAGUAAUCUAACCUUUGUCAAAAAGAAAAGAAAAAAAAAAAAAGAAAAAAAAAGUUGAUAUAAUACUUAUGUUUGCAUUUCUGUAGAGUUCAGGGCUGAUGGUUUUUCCUUCUUUCAGAAAAAACACACACAUGCAAACACAUAUAUACAAUAUAUUUUGAUGGCUACACAUGUCUAUUUAGUUAUAAUUUGAGAGUGGGAUGUGGCGAGGGUACACUGAGAACCAGCUUUCAUCUUAACUUAAAAGUUCAUCAAGAAAAAGGAGUAUGACUUCAUCAUUUUACUUUUUACCAUUAUGGGUUGGUGAGAGAGAACAAAUGCUGGUGCUCAGAAAUGAUCUACCUGACUUUGUCAUAUGUAAUAUCCAGUGAUAAAUAUAUUGUCCUGUAAAAAGGGUUUGUACAUAACUUGUACAUGGUUUCAUUUUGUAUUUUUCUCAGAUUAAAAUUUAUGUAUUUGUGUUCUAAAAGAA